CAGUCAGGAGGGAGAGCAGCUUCCAGGACUGGAGGAGGCUGAUAUCACCAAGUUCACAUUCACUCCUGUCCCUGUGAAGAGUGAAGACGAUGAUGAAGAGAAACCUCAGUCCUCACAGCUUCAUCAGAGCCAGACUGAACAGAUGGAAGCUGAUGGAGAGGACUGUGAAGGACCAGAACCAGCCAGGAACUCUGAUCCAGAUCAACUUUUACAACCAGUUAGUGACGACAAUUCUCUGGACUCGACUGAAACUGACGACAGUGAUUGUGAUUGGACACAAACAAACGCCCAGUCAGGUACAGAGGCUCAGAGGAACAGUGAAGCCCCUGAAAGUGAUACUGGAUCGCCAGCAAAGGAGCGACCCUUCCCGUGCUCGUAUUGUGGUAAAAGAUUUAGCCUUAAGGGGAAUUUGAACAGACACAUAAGAGACCACACGGGCGAGAGACCGUUUCCCUGCACAGGUUGUGACAAGUCAUUUAAAGACAGCGGAUCUUUAACGGCCCACAUGAGGUGUCACACCGGAGAGCAGCCGUACAGCUGCUUAUUCUGUGGGAAGAACUUCAGCGGGAGGGGAAACAUGACCCGGCACAUGAGGAUCCACACCGGAGAGAAGCCGUUCACCUGCUCGGUGUGCAGCAAGAGCUUUCACGUGAAAGAGCACCUGAACAGACACAUGAAGUACCACACGGGAGAAAAACCCUUCAGCUGCACCGUCUGCGGGAAAGGCUGCGCUCAGAAAACAGACCUGAAGAAACACAUGAGGGUCCACACGGGCGAGAAACCGUUCAGCUGUCCCUUCUGCGGAAAGUGCUGCUCUGAAAAAGGAGACCUGACCAAACACAUGAGGGUCCACACGGGAGAGAAACCCUUCAGCUGCAACGUCUGCGGUAAGAGCUGCGCCCAGAAGGGGAGCCUGAAGAUCCACAUGAGGGUCCACACGGGAGAGAAACCCUUCAGCUGCUCGGUCUGCAGCAAACGUUUCACCGUUACAGGACAUCUGAAGAGACACAUGAAGCUGCACGCGGCCGAGCCGGCGGAUUCAGCCAAGGAGCAACAGGAAGCUGACGGCGCCGAACCUCCGAACACAUCGUGAUGUUGUGCAGUCAGGAGGACAGAUGAGCCGGCGGCGGGGGAGACAUGUUUAUCAGGCCAGGAACGUACCUCCAGCUGUUCUACACGAACCGCCACCCGUGAUUUAACUGAUCAGACAGGUGGUCUAACAACCACAGCCAGACCAGCUCCGCCUUCGCCAUGACGCCCAGUGCCGACACGAUCCUUCAGAGACCGUCUGGGUAACAAGUCGUGUUCUGUCACCCCACCUGAGCGCGGGUCUCUGCCUGUACCCUUCCCCUGGUAACUCCAUGUUUCACGUCACGACACUAUAAACUGUGGGUAAUUCCCUCAGGCAGUCUGCAGAGAUGCGGACUUAAAGAAAGUGUGCAAUAAAGGCUCAGGGCCCUCACACACCGGACGAUCUGUCUGUGAGUCCAGAGACCGGGAUUCAGCCAAAGACUGGAGACGAGUGCUGCUACUGUUCCCACGUCAGUCCCUUCUGUCGCGUCGGGCCCCGCAGGGCGUCGGCUGCUCGUUGCCUUUCAGCAGAGUCACGUGAUGCUGCUCAACAAAAAGACAAAAGAAACGGCUGCAGGACCUGAAGAAGAGCAGCCGAUUGACUCCAACCCAAAGAGAAGAUCGUCUCUUGGUAGGGUUGGGUAUCAAGAACCGGUUCUGAGUUGGAACGGUUACAAAUUUCCGGGACCCGUUUGUUUGGAUUCUCGGUUCCUAACUUUAUGCAUAUUUCAGCUCGUGACCGACCUGCAGUGAGUCAAAGUGUCUCUUAUCUGCCUGGCCAACAGGCGACCGGGCGUCACCCGUUGCUUAUUAAUGAUUCCAACCAGGGACGUCACGAUACCAGAAAUGUAGUAGUCGAUACCAGUGAAAUUACAGUUGAGUUGGGAUCGACCGAUAUCUGGAGCCGAUGUAACGGGUACUGAGUUAGAAUUCAGAGGUCCACAUCUAAACGACUAAACGACUUGCGUUAUCAUUCAGUGCCAUAACGUUUAUUUUAAUCACCAACGGACUGUCAAAUCAAAUAUCAAAUAAUAUUUCAUAAUAAAUAACUACUCUAAUAAUAAAUUCUACCUUUAAGUAAACUAAAAUAAAUCGCUUAUGUUUUAGAAAAAAUUAAAUAAUAAGCGUAGCCUGAAGUGAUGAAGUUCAGUCAUCUUUUAUAAUAAACACUCAACGCAUCAUAACACAACAGCUGUAAAGCCUCCUCUUCUCUUUCCUUCCCUCUCAUAGAGCUUCCUCUUCACUACUUUCUCUUGUUCGGUGAGAAACGUGAGCUCUAGUUCCUCCUGCCAGCUGGAUUGGAGAUCUGAGAGAUUCUGGUUCUGAACGGCCCGUGGGAGGAACGUACAUGUGAGAAUCUACAGUCUUGAUUAAAAGCCAUGUGAAGUCUCUUUUUCCUCUUCCUCUCCUCAGUUCGUGUGUGUUUCCAAAACGUCUCUGGUGAAUCUCACGGACUCGACUCGUAAGCAUCGGAAUGCACAGAUUUGAUUG